AUGAUCCUGCCAACACUGAACCCAGCGACGGUGUCGGGGUCCGUCGCAUCAUCUCCUGUCUCGCUUCUGCUGCCCAUUGUAGUGGGUCCAGUUCCAUCCUGGCUGACGGACCAGGAACGCUCAGCACUAUUUGCUGAGCUUUGGAGAGCCACCGCCAUGCCCGAUCCGGUUCUCAGGAGGGCUGUUACCUGGAUCCGUCCGUUCCUUGGAUUGGCUGCCGUUGGCUACUGCAUUAUCUGUGUAUUUGCACUGCUGAUGAACAAAGUGUCCCUGCAGGAUGUGGAUGUUGUUGUGGGUGUUACUGGAGGUUCUGUUAUCUUGCCGUGUGCUGCCAAUGAGAUUGAACACAAACUUUCUGAUAUUAUUGUGCAUUGGAGACACAAUGACAGCCUGACUGUCUAUGACAUAAUAAAGGGCAAAUUUUCACUACAAGGCCAGGACUUAAACUACAAGAACAGAGUGGAAUCUUUCCCUACUGAGUAUGAGAAAGGAAACUUCUCCCUCAAACUCAACAAUCUUACACACGCUGAUGCAGGAGAUUACCUGUGCUUCAUCACACAUUCAUCUGAACAACUGACCACAAAGCUGAUCAUCAAUGAGUCAACAGUACACAAGGGAGAACAAACAACAGAAGAAAAUGGAAACCAAGCGCGAGAAACACAUUUAUGGAUGAUAUUAACUCCUGUCCUUGUUUUUUUUAUUCUGUUAUGUAUAGUUCUCUUUAUAUGGAAGGAAAUCUGUAAAACCCAUAGAUCAGGGUUGUCUACUCCUGAAGGGAGCCUGUCCAGUAGAGAUGAUGACUUAGGGCUCCAUGAGAAGAUUAAUAGUGCAUAGCUGUAAAAUGUAUUAUUUAGGUUUAACAUAUUAAUAACUUAUCUGUCAGUUUUAUCGUUUAAAAAAAAAUGAUGUGCCAUUAUAAUCUUUAAUUAAAAACCCUAAUCUGGUACAUGGUGGACAGCAACAUGACAUCAAUGAUUCAAACAGUUUAUGGGUGGACAAAUUCAAGUCCAGUCAUAACUUUUAUCAUUUCAGAAGCCCUUUUACUCAGA